AUGGUUGAUAAGCCCGCAAAGAAGCUCGCGCGCGUCGGCGGCGAGAAGAAGCCCCGCCUGAAGAACUUUCAGAAGUUGAAGCGGAAGAAGAUGCGCGACGGCGAGGCGGCGCCCGCAAGUGGCAAGAAGCAUCUGAAGUUUGCGCAGGGCGCCCGGCUAAAGAGCAAGAGCGAGCGCGAGGAGGAAGACGAGACGCCUUCGCUGGCGGACGAUACGGUCAGCACCGAGGACGAAGGCGCCUUCUCUGACGGCUCCCUCCCGAGCAUGGCGGAGGGCAACCUGAGCGACCUCGAGAAAGAGGCUGGCGAGGAGGGCGACGAGUCGGCGGACGACGAUCAGGACGAAGACGAAGAAGAGAACUACGAGGGACCCGACUGGCUCGCGGACGACGACGAGGAGGCCUGGGCGUCGUCUGACGACGAGUCGCCUGAGGACGUCGGCGCAGAGGGAGGCGCCGCGUUCGAUCCUGCCGCGGGCAUCGCCGCAGACAGUCCCGCGGCGCAGAAGGAGUUCCGGCGCGUGCUCAAGCAGCGCCUCAUGAAAGACAAGGAGUUUCUGUCCUUCCUCCUUCAGGAGAGCGAGAAGCAACAGGCAGACACCGAGCAGGCGAGCGACGCGGAGGAGGACCUAGAGCAGGACGACGAGGAGGGCGUGGAUGACGACGAGGAGGCGAGCGAACACACGGUGAAGCGGUCGCGCGCAGAGCCGGAGGAAGAAGAUGACGUCGAAGUUCCUAAGAACCUCCUCACGUCUGAGCGGUACGAGCACCUCUGCCACCUCGUCGGCCUCCAUGGCGACCGCGAAGACGCCAGGGUUCCCGCCUCGCCCUCGUUGCGCUGCCUGCAGCUGUUUCUCGGCGCGUUUCGCUCCGCUGUGCGCCAGACGGGCCUGCGGCGGGACAACAACGUGUCCAGCGAGGGACGGGAGCUGGGCGAGCGGACGAAAGACAACAUGAAGUACAAGGACGGCAAGAAGAAGAGUGAGGAGGGCGAAGAGGGCAAGAAGCGGAAACCCGGAGCUUCGUCGCGCGACGUCAAAGACCGGGGUUCGGGCGAGCAGAAGUCCCUCUUUCUCGUCAAAGACGAAGAGCUGCGCCGCGUGAUUCUCCUGCGAACCGUGCAGCAGCUCCCCGCGGUGUUCAGACGAUUCCUACAGGCGGAGGCCGACGGGGCGAAGAGCGCGUCGAAGGGGGCGGGCGAGGAGAAGAAUCUGCUCGCGCUCACCGCGUCUGCGAACUGGUCGAGGCUUCGGCUGCCGCUUCGCUGGGUUUUUUCUGACGUCUGCCAACUUCUCGUCUCUCUGCAGAAUCUCCCGCCGCGAGCCACUAAGGGCAAGGAGGUCCUGGUGCAGGUGCUCCUGUCGCUGGCGCGGAAGAACGAUGGACUGGUGCCUUUCCUGUUGCUGUUGAAGAGCUCGUCGCUCGCGAGGCGCUUCCUCCUGACCGUCGGGCGCUGCUGGGCCUUCACGAAGAACGAACAGGAGCAGUUCGCCGCGUUCGCCGCGCUGCGCCAGCUCCUGGUGCUGCGCCACAGAGAGCUCGAUCACGCGCUCGCGAAGGGACAGGCUUCCACGAAAAACAAACCCCGAGAGGGCAAGGAGCGUAGGCGCAGCCACGAGAAGGGUGACUCAGGCAGCGCCAGCGAAGCGGCCCUGAAGGAAGAAGAGAAAGUCCAGGAGUUCCUCCAGACGCUCCUGAGGAUCUACCAGCAGGCCACUUCGCGAAACGUCGGCAACAACGCGAGCAGAACCUGGCGCGGCGCGAACCGCGUCCAGCUGCUACUAAACGAAUACCUCGAACUUCUCAAGAUCGUCCAGCCCAGAAUCGCCUACCGUGUCGCUUAUCAAAGCAUUCGAGAGCUUGCCUUGACCGUCAGGAGCAUCAUGGUGGUUUCGAGCCAAACGGCGCCUUCUGCCGCCAAGGGGAAGAAGUCGAAAGCUGCGUUUCUGCAUGCGCGGCGUCUCGCGACUUCGCAGAAGCUCCUCUACUCGUGGGCGUUCCUCUCCACGGCCCGCCUGUGGGGUGUUUCGUUUGCGUCGACGCCGUCCCUCCGCCCGCUGGCCUUCCCCCUGGUCACGCUGUUGUGUGCAGCUCUCAAGGUCAAGCUUGCCUCCCUCUCGCACGUGCCGUUCUGUCUGAACAUCCUCUACGUCCUUCAUCAGACGUCGCUGUCCACGAACCUUUUGAUUCCUCUCAGCGCGUACGUCUUCGCGCUCCUCGAGCUUCUGCUGAAACACCAAGAGAUGCUCUCCAGCGGGCGCUACAUUGGCAAGCGGCUCCACAUGGAGAUGCAGGAGAAAAGGAACAAAAAGAAGAAAAAGGACAAAAAGUUCCAAACGAAAGACGGCGGAAAGGAAAAAAGCGACAACAACCUACACCUGCUGCACGUCCGGGAUGCAGACCCUGAAGUCACUCUUAGACUAUCUGCAGCCCAACAAGAUUCCAUGCAUGUGAUCGACGGCCUCGUGGGAAGCUUCCAGCGCCUUCUGACAGAGCACCUUGGCUACCUGGUGCUUCAUCCCGCCUUCCCUGAAAUUUCGCUCCCUAUCAAGCGGAGCUUGCGCCGCACACUGAAGCUCUCACGGAGCCUGGCGGUCGUGCGCGCGCUGAAGACUCUUCUGGGAGCCAUUGAGGGCUCUGCCGCUGUUGUGCAGUCUUUGCGAUGCGAGCUGAAAGAGCUGCCGGUCGGUGCAGUUGAAAUCUUUACCGAGAAAAAGCAAAGAGCCGCUCUCCCGCUGUUCAAGUUGAGGCUGCAAGUCGUGGAGGAGCGCCGCAAGUUUGUGGAGGAGAAGGUGAAGGGAGAAAUAUCGGCGGCCGCAGAGCGGAGGGAAGCUGAGAGCGCAGCUUCCAAGACAGCGCGACAGCUGAAGCGCGAGCGCCAGAAGCAGCGGCGAGAGACAGAACGCCGUGAACUGGAAAAGGACAGGAAAUCGAGAGCCGCAUCCAAGGAGGCGAAGAAACGCAUGCGCGACACGACGACCCCCGAAGCUGAGGCUGACGACAGCGACAACGAGGCUAGUGUGAAACGCGCAAAGCGACAGCAGGCUGCCGCGAGAGAAGACGUCCUCGAUGAAAUCGGCAGCGACUUGGACGACCUCUGA